UGCGCGGACAGCCGCCGGUGUCUGUCUCUGAACGUGUUUCACGAACAGUUUUUUUCAAGGUAUUAGUGGAAAGAUUAUCAGAAGGAAGGCGGGGUGAGUCGGUGAAGGUGUGGAGGAGAUGGUUCCUUUUGCAGGAUGGACCGGAACAAAGUGGUCCCCGGGUUCGUCCCGUGCUGUGUGUUACUGGCCCUGUGUGUGUCUGCAGAGGUCACUGAAGGUGGACACUUUGAUGUUGUGCAGAGGCCAGCUCCCCUCUCCUGUUUAGAAGGCUUUACAGAACUGGGCUACUACAACGGCUCAGUUUCCCACACGGAGUCAGGCUCCGCCUGCCUGAAGUGGACAGACUUCCCAGACUACAUGCGGCAGUACCCAGGCCGAGGCCUGGGGCACCACAGCUUCUGCCGGAACCCAGACCGAGAGGCCAACCCGUGGUGCUUUAUUAGGCAGAGCUCCGGCGCCAUUGGCUGGUCCCACUGCGACUGCCAUCAGGGUGCAGCCAGAUUGGUGGGGGGGUCAUCAGGCAACAGCGGACGUCUGGAGGUCUAUCUGAAUGGCCAGUGGGGGGCAGUAUGUGACACACACUGGAACGACCAUGAUGCCAGCGUCAUAUGCAGACAGCUCGGACUAGGUGAGAUCGGUACAGCCCUGCAGCACUCCUACUUCGGCCCAGGUUCCGUCUUCCACUAUGAGCGUCUGGGUUGCCGUGGUAAUGAGAAUUCCCUACUGGAAUGCCGGAACAGGAAGUUUGUCAACAGCGACUGUAACCAUGGCAACGAAGCAGGGGUGGUUUGUGCUGAACCUGAAGGAACUGGCAUCCCUUUGAGGCUGGUGGGAGGCCUGGAGGACUUUGAGGGCCGCGUCGAGGUGUACCGUGAUGGCAAGUGGGGAACGAUUUGCGAUGACCGGUGGGAUGACAUUGAUGCUGAGGUGGUGUGCCGACAACUGGGCCUGGGGGGUGUGGCCAAGGCGUGGACAUGGGCCCACUUCGGCCAAGGUGUUGGUCCCAUCUUCCUGGAUGGGGUUCAGUGUUCAGGCAAUGAACUCUCCCUGGAGGAGUGUCCUCAUAACAUCUGGGAGCAACACAACUGUGACCACGUGGAAGACGCAGGGGUGUCCUGCAACCCAUACACAGACGGUGCAGUUCGUCUGGUGGGCGCAGACAGUCACUGGGAGGGUCGUGUGGAGAUUUACCACCAGGGAGAAUGGGGCACUGUGUGUGAUGACAGCUGGACUGAGCUCAAUGCUCAGGUAGUGUGUAGACAGCUGGGCUUCAGGGGCCGAGCAGAGGUGGCUCCUGACGGGGUGUAUGAAGAAGGUCGCGGGCUGAUCCUGCUAGACGAAGUGCAGUGUCGGGGACCAGAGGACGGUUUAUUGGCCUGCACCCACUCUGAGUGGGGCCAACAUGACUGCUCCCACAGUGAGGAUGUAGGUGUCCGCUGUGAGAGGGGAGUUGAUAUCAAUGAGAUACGAGGCCUUCUGCCUUCUAUUGGCCCUCUGGUGCGUUUGGUUGCUGGAGAGAGCAGGAAGGAGGGUAGAGUGGAGGUCUUCAUUAACAGCCAGUGGGGAAGCGUGUGUGAUGAUGGCUGGAAUGAUGUCAAUGCAGCUGUAGUUUGCAGACAGCUGGGAUUCACCGGUGUGGCUAAAGCUCGAUCCAUGGCGUACUUUGGUGAAGGUCAAGGUCCCAUCCAUCUGGACAAUGUUCGAUGCUCGGGCACUGAGAUGUCCUUAGGUCAGUGUCCGGCUGUGGGUCAGGAUAGCCAUGAUUGUCGCCACAGUGAGGAUGCAGGCGUCAUCUGUGGCUACACCCUGGAUCCUGUGGGAGAUGCUGCUGUGGCUAUGCAGAGCUGUGGCCUGAAACUCAAUAACCAGCGUCGACGACGGAGGAUCAUUGGAGGAGAUAAGUCCCUGAGGGGGGAGUGGCCCUGGCAGGUGUCUCUGUGGCUCAGGUCUCAGUCUAGAGGAAAUCAUCCUCUGUGUGGAGCGUCACUCAUCAACCCCUGUUGGGUUGUUACCGCUGCCCACUGCUUCAAGAGAUUUGGCAGAGACCCGACCCGCUACGUGCUGCGCCUUGGUGACUACCAUACUGAGGAGCAGGAUGACUUUGAACGCACCUUGUCACCUGAACGCAUCAUUAUCCACAGAAAGUACUACAGUCAGGGCUGGGAGCACGACAUCGCCCUGCUGCGGCUCAAAGGCACAGAGGGCAACUGUGUGGCAUUCAACCCUCACACUGGAGCAGUGUGUUUGCCAGAGCCAGGUAACAAGUGGGAGAAGAGGCCUGCUGCAUGUGUGAUCACCGGCUGGGGCAUCACAGACUCAGAGUACUCCCGCACUCUGCUGCAGGCCUGGGUCCCCCUGCUGCCAGCCUGGAAGUGUAAGAAGCGAUACAGUGACCGCUUCACCAGCCGCAUGCUGUGUGCCGGGAGCCUGUCGGAGCGCCGCCGUGUGGACAGUUGCCAGGGUGACAGUGGAGGUCCGCUGGUUUGCCAGGGGGAGGGGGGCCGCUGGGUGCUGACAGGAGUCAUCUCCUGGGGUCAUGGCUGUGGCAACCCUUCAUUCCCUGGGGUGUACACACGUGUUAGCAGGUUCCUGCGAUGGAUUGACAAAGUCAUCAACAAACCCUACAAGACCUAACAAUGGAGAAUAACACUCUUUACAGUUGGUAACACACAUACUGAGUUCACUUCUUCAGAACUCUUCACACAGUUCUCUUGGAAGCAACAGUGAACCUCACAUCCACAAUGCACAGAUGCAACCAUAUCACUUAACAUGUCUCAGGAGCAACUGCUGACAAAAUUUAUCCCUCAGAACACUAUGACCUGAAACACACUGACAACAGGCAGCAUCACAUGGAUCCCUAUUGUCUUAGUAGUAUCAUUUAUUUAUUCAUUUAUUUAGAAUAAACCAAGAUUCCACUACAACAAGAAGGACGUUAUUGCAUUGCCUGUGCUCACAGUAUAUGUAAAAAAAUAAUCAGAAAUGCUUUUUUGCUGCCAUUUGUGUUGUAAAUUAAAUCCAAGUGCAAAAAAUGAAACUAAAGUACUUGCAGUGAUGCAAUACAAAACUCAACAUAUUCACUACACAUACUUGUAAAGCACAGCUAUAGAAAUACAACAGUGCUUCUCAUCCACAUUACACCUUACAUCCUGCAUGCAUGAUCAUCCUGGCAAUCUCCUGCAGAUAUGUCAGACAUCCAGCAUAAACUUUCCACCUCCAUGAGGAAAGGAGUUCUUCUGAGGGGUUGAGGAAUAGAGAGUAAGGUGGAAGGCUGUAAACCACUCUGUGACUGAACAUCGUCCCAUCCAAUUGCAAAAUGCCUCCUUUCCUCCCCUGACACACGUCUCUCAUAGAGCUCAUCAAGGUAUUAAGAGACAUUGUUAUUUUUUGUAUUUCUUUUUAGAUAUAGAUGUAGGCAGAAUGUAGCAAAUUACAGUCUAAGUUAUACUUAUUGUUAUGUUGUGAUGCAUUUUUUGUCCAGUCCACUUUGACUUCUGUUGUGCUGACUGUGGGAAGAGGUUUGAAAAUGUGAACUCAGUAUUGAGAAAUGUAUGUUACCAAUUGUUUAAAAAAUGAUAACACUGGAUAACCUGUGUUAUUAAGGUUAUUCAGGACUUGUGGCUGGAGCUGUGUAUUGGACAUUGCUUCUGUAUUGUGCCUCCUAUACUGAGCUCUGCAGCUCAUGUGUUUGUUGUUUCGUUUCCCACAUCACUUCAAAAAGCAUGUAUAUGCCAGUGUAUCAUAUUCUCACAGUGUGAACUAAUGCCAAACGUCCUGUGUUGUUUCGUACUUUGAGGAACCAUGAUCAGAGCAAGUGACGAGCGCUCAGCAAGUGGUAAAAGGUCGCUCAAUUUGUUGAUUAAAUGUGUUGUAGAUUUGACAUUCGACCAAAUUGCAAUGUGGUUGCUCAAUACAGGUCAUCAUAGGUCCAUUAUUCUGGACCUGAUCCGAAGUGAUCCAGUGGAAAAACCUGCGCAUAAAUAUAAUUUUAAAUACAGUCAUGAUUUAUCAAUGGGUACUAUUCCGGAUAGAGAAUAGUACCCAUCCAAACAGGAUUGAUGGAACAGAGAAAGAUAUAUUGACAUAAGCUUGAGACCUGCUGCGGCAAUACCAUUUGGAUCCGGCCACUAGAAACCCAGUUAACCCAUGACCAAGUCCUCCACGGGGUACAUACAGCACAGUAAGAAAAGUGCUAUAUUCAGUCACAUGAAAAGUUGAAUGUCAUUGCACUAAAAUGCACGCCUUCCAAUCACACAGGGUAAAUGAUGACCUCAUGCAGGCCGGAGCCAGUAAAAGAAUGAAUAAAACACAAAAAUGUUUGUAUGUAUGUAUGUAUGUAUGUUUGUAUGUAUGUAUGUAUGUAUGUAUGUAUGUAUGUAUGUAUGUACAUAUUCAGUACUACAUUAUAUGCUAGUACUGAAUAUGUACAUACAGACAUUUUAUUUGUUUUAUUAACAUUCCAAUGGGUUAUGGGAAUAUGUAUAUAUUCAAAUGAUAUGAUAAGGGUGUGUGGGGAGGGGUUGUCUUUGUGAGGGCCCUGUGUCAAAACACAGAUUUAAAACAUCCAUCACUCCAGCUGAUAUUGUGCUCACAUGGUGUACAGCUGUAGUGUAUAUAUAUAUAUGAUAAACGUUUUUCUCUUUUCUGUUAUGCAUUGGCAAAUGCACAUGUCAUCUUUUAUCGUUUUAAUUUAUUUGGAAAAAGACAUCAAUGUUGACUUUGUUAAGCUGUAUUUAUUUAUGUAGUAUCCAUGUCACAUUCCACCACAAGGUUAAAGAAAUGCAAAUUGUAAGUAAGCAUGCUGCUGGUAAUAUAAUGUAGCACAGCAGGAGGACUCUAAUAUUCAACCACAAGACACUUAGCAGAGACGAGCUGGCUGGUCUCUGUCUCUCUCUGUUCAAAAUUGAAGCUUUUUAUCGUUUUGUGAACACCAUUCAAUAAAUGUCUCAAAACAAAUUAUUAAAUUCUCCACAAUCCCUCACAAAAUCUCCUUUAUGCCAUUGUAAAUGAACAAAAAUACAGUUUUACUGGUUAAAUUAUUCUGACAAUUCUUAAUUCUCCCUCAACAUUACGUUGCUCUUACUGUAAUGACACUCAGCACUUCCCGCUGAUGCUUAACAGCCUUACAGGGAAGGAACUGCUGGAAGGCUGUUAAUGUGAAACAGGUUGAGGAAGCAGAUUGUAGAUUGUAAUAACAGCAGACAACAGAAUACCGGAAGAUUUUAUUUCACCAAUAUAUUUAGUCAUUUUUACCUUAUGCACACAUAGAAAUACAGAAAGCAAAGCUAUGUUAACAAUAUCAAACAUUAAGGCACUGAAAAAAAACAAAACAUCUUAAAACACACAGAAGCAGUUGCUACUCAGACACAUGACAAUCUUGUAAUACAUUUGUAAUAAUAGAAUACAUCCAGGUUUAAACUUUCUUUAUCAUCUAUCAAAUCCAUUUACUUUACAACAGUAAAUAGUCCCCAAACCUUUUUAAACGUUUCCUGUUCCUGUUGUAAAUAAAAGAAAACUUAGUAGCAUUUGCCUAAACCAUUGUUUAAUACUUGGAUGGCUAGUCUUUUUCCAAAACAGUACAAUUAGUCAUUUAUUAUGCAGGAACCGUUGUUCGCUCAUUUGCAUUGUUGUUCCUCUGGAAAAAAAACUAAAAUAGAAAACAUUUAGGAUCCAUUUGAAUGUUUUUUUAAAUAAUCUUCUCCACUGUAUUUCUUAUUUCUGCCAAACACAGAGUUACAAUUUCCCCAUCACUUCUGUGCAUUUAGUGCAUACAUCAGGAAUGUUUCUCAUUCAUAUAUUUAUUUGACGGGAGUGACAUUACCUGAGAGGAGUACUUACAGAUGUUCUCCUUUUGUUAUAUCAGGAACUGUUGUUGGAAGUUGUUCACGUGUGAAAAAAACUAACACUAUCAUAGUUGUCAUUUGAAGCGAGGAUGGGCUGUUAAUCUGCAAAAUAGAGUUCAAUCUAUGAGAUGUUCUUCAGAGCUGGACCUUCAACAGUUUGUUGUAUUUUGAAUAGUCACUGUACGGUAAACAUCAUGACUCCUUAUUUUGCACCUAGAAGCCCCCGACCUGGAGUUAAUAUACUGACAACACUUCCUGCUGAUAUUACUUACUUUCUUUCAUUUAUAUUUGCCUUUCUAAAUGCAGUCAAGUCAAGUAAAUUUUAUUUAUUUAGCCCAACAUCACAAACAACACAUUUGCCUCAGGGGGCUUUACAGACUGUACAGUCUACGACACCCUGUGUCCUCAGACUCUCACAGUAGUAUGGUAGGUGAAAUAUUUAUAAUCUGACAUGAAUUAUUGCCAAGGACACCAGUGAGAAGUCAAAGCAUACACAUCUUGUCCAUCCUUACUUUGUAUUUCAGGUUCAAUAUAUUUGUGAAUAUAAUAAUUAAUUUAUUAUAAUUUUGGUCCACUGAAAAUGCAUUAUUUUACAUUUUGACUUCUGGAUCCUAAUUAAGAAGAUUAUUACCCCCCUCCCCCCCCCCCCCCCCCCCCCCCCCAAGUGUAUUGUGAAUACACCCCAGUUGCAUAUGAAUGUCAUAUGAACUUGAAAAAACAGGAAAACUAACCCAAAUAGCAAGCCUAAGGCUUUAACUUAUAUUUCUAUAACACAAGACUAUAAGUAUUACAGUACAAUGUAAAAAGGUUCCUACGUCUUAUGUAUGUUUAAACUACAACAUUAUAUUAGAGAACUAUGUUGAACUAUUUGAUAAGUUACCACACUGACAGGAGUAUUAUAGCUAGAGCUAUUUUGAAUAGUUAACUAAUAAGUAGCUCCUCACUCAUCGACAUGUAAAGGCCAACAUAACUCUCUAAAGUGACCAAAUAAACGACAAUAGAUCUUUGUCCCAAGAUUAAGCACACAUUUUCUUAGACUUCUUUGCAUCUUAAGUUUGUACAUUUCUUCAGGGCCUUGUUGGCUCUAAUCCACAUACAUUUAACUGAGAUAUUCACAUUUUAAAGUCUAAUUAAAGUUUCAAAUAUGUGAUUUACUAUCUCUGGUCUAUGAGAUGAAAAUGUACAGAAUAAAACGUUUCUUUUAAAAUUUGAUCCUGUUUGGAACUAAGACGAUGUUGUUAAAGACAAACAGGUUGAAAGUUGUACAUAAUGGCACUGAAAUUGUAUCUCAGUUAUAUUUAGGCGUGACGCUAAAUCUCUAACACUGUGAAUCUGUUG